GAAGUAUAGGAUUUCCGAUUCAACUCGAGACAUCGGUGGUUGUUUGUUUCCCAAGAAAAGCAUUUUUACUCGAGAAAGUUCGCAGUUCGUAGAAGGAAAGAGAGUAAUCAAUGGCCCCUGAGCCCGAAGAUGAGAUCAAGGACGAGAAGAACCCUCGUCCUCUCGAUGAAGACGACAUCGCUCUUCUCAAAACUUAUGGCUUGGGUCCUUACUCUACCAGCAUAAAGAAAGCAGAGAAGGAAAUCAAGGAUAUGGCUAAGAAGGUUAAUGAUCUAUGUGGUAUCAAGGAGUCCGACACUGGUUUGGCUGCACCCAGCCAAUGGGAUCUUGUAUCUGAUAAGCAAAUGAUGCAGGAGGAGCAGCCCCUGCAGGUAGCAAGGUGCACGAAGAUCAUCAACCCAAACACUGACGAUGCAAAAUAUGUUAUAAAUGUUAAGCAAAUUGCAAAGUUUGUUGUGGGCCUGGGUGACAAAGUUUCCCCUACUGAUAUUGAAGAAGGCAUGCGUGUUGGAGUUGAUCGCAACAAGUAUCAAAUUCAGAUUCCAUUGCCUCCGAAAAUUGAUCCAAGUGUAACCAUGAUGACAGUGGAAGAAAAACCAGAUGUGACGUACAAUGAUGUUGGUGGAUGCAAGGAGCAGAUUGAGAAGAUGCGAGAGGUUGUUGAGCUGCCCAUGCUUCAUCCUGAAAAGUUUGUGAAGCUCGGAAUCGACCCUCCUAAGGGUGUUCUAUGCUAUGGUCCACCUGGUACCGGUAAGACACUUUUAGCUAGAGCUGUGGCUAAUAGAACUGAUGCGUGUUUCAUCCGUGUUAUUGGAAGUGAACUUGUUCAGAAAUAUGUUGGGGAGGGUGCCCGUAUGGUUCGUGAACUAUUUCAGAUGGCACGUUCCAAAAAAGCAUGUAUCGUGUUUUUUGACGAAGUAGAUGCCAUAGGAGGUGCACGUUUUGAUGAUGGUGUGGGUGGAGACAAUGAGGUUCAGCGCACUAUGCUUGAAAUUGUGAAUCAGCUUGAUGGAUUUGAUGCUCGAGGGAACAUCAAAGUUCUGAUGGCAACAAAUCGACCAGACACUCUGGACCCAGCACUGUUACGUCCUGGAAGGUUAGAUCGCAAAGUUGAGUUCGGCUUACCAGACUUGGAGAGCAGGACACAGAUCUUUAAGAUCCAUACACGAACAAUGAACUGUGAAAGGGAUGUUCGUUUUGAACUUUUGGCUCGCCUAUGCCCAAAUUCUACUGGAGCGGACAUAAGAAGUGUGUGUACGGAGGCUGGAAUGUAUGCAAUUAGAGCACGGAGGAAAACAGUGACAGAAAAGGAUUUCCUUGAUGCAGUGAACAAAGUCAUCAAGGGAUACCAGAAGUUCAGUGCCACGCCCAAAUAUAUGGUUUACAAUUGAUUGGUUGAGCUGCUGCUUUUCUUUCUUUCUGGAGAGAAAUUUCGUGGUUGUGGCUUCAAAUCCAACAGUGGGUCAUGCAGAUGAUGUUUGCCUGUUCUUAUCUAUCCUCUCCAGUGGCCUUGAACUGCUUUCAUUAUAGUUGCAUAUCCAAUGGGCUGCAGAUUGCAAUAAUCUCUUUUCGUUAUUUUGAACUGCAGAUUGAAAAAUUUAUUGCUUUUUGCUCUUUUCAAUGUCAAAAUGAUGGGGAAACCCUUUUCUGUUACUAGUGGAUCCGUGGUUGGUGCUAUUUGAUUAUAUAGUCCAUUAAAUGUAUCAUCAUGACAGUUUGAGAUUUGCAAUAGCUUUGUUGUGCUUGUGAUUUUCUUA